AUGUUUGACAAGAGGAUCAUAAAGGACAAGAAUCUAGAAAUACAAUUUUGCUUUCCAAACAAUAAUUUGUCAUGCUUCAAAGAAAUCAAACUUCAAACUGACUAUGUUGUAUUGUAUAUUUUUAUUUUUUUAGCAUCUGUUUUUACUGUGUUUCUGAACCUGCUGGUGAUCAUCUCCAUCUCUCACUUCAGGCAGCUUCACACUCCAACCAACCUGCUCAUUCUCUCUCUGGCUGUGGCUGAUCUGAUUGUGGGACUAAUUGUUAUACCAUUUAUGGGUAUUAGAUUCAUAGACUCAUGCUGGUACUAUGGAGAGACAUUUUGUUCUGUAUUUUUAUUCAUUACUUUUGCUGUAGUUUCUGGAUCUCUUGGUAAUUUAGUCCUUAUAUCUUUAGAUCGUUACAUUGCUGUGAGUGAUCCUCUAAGAUACACAGUAAAGGUCACAACUGAUAGAAUUGUUAUUUGUAUUGUUAUAAACUGGCUCUGCUCUAGCAUAUAUUCUUUCAUUAUUUUAUACAAUUCUGUUUUCUACUCAGAGACACAAAAUGGGUGUUAUGGAGACUGCCGAGUUUCUUUUAAGUUUGAACAUUUUGUCACAGACCUUAUUGUCACUUUUGUUGCCCCUUCUUGUGUAAUAAUGUCUAUAUAUGUGAAAAUCUUUUGUGUUGCGAAACAUCAGGCCAAGGUUGUAAAUUCUGUGACAGGGGUCAGCAAGUCACAAAGAAAGGCAGGAAAAACUCUGGGUAUUGUUGUAAUGGUUUUCUUUAUGUGUUGGAUACCAUAUUAUAUUGUAAUUCUUAUAGAAGGAAAUGAACUAACAGAAUCGGUUGAGUUUAAUGUAACAUGCUGGAUAGUGUACAUGAAUUCCUGUAUGAAUCCGCUCAUCUAUUCUCUGUUUUAUAAAUGGUUUAGAAUAUCAGCCAAACACAUUUUAACUCUAAAAAUUUUAAAACCAUCAUCAGAAUACUUCAAUCUAUUCCCUGAGGAUAAAUGA